AUGGUCGGAAAUCAGUGUCGGCAGGCUGUAUGUUACCCGGAUGUCUCUGUCCCGCGAGCUGGACUUCUCCAAGCAGACCAUGGAUUUUUGGCAGAUCGGGAUGUGCAAAAGUACGUGGAGGAUGGAUAUGUGGUUCUGGACGGACUGCUGACCUCCCAGGAGUGUGACGAGCUGAAGCAAAGGAUGGCAGAGAUAGUGGACCAGAUGGACGUCCCGGAGCACUGCCGCACCACCUUCUCCACCUACCAUGACGAGCAGCUCAAAACACAGGGAAAUGCUGACUAUUUCAUCACCAGUGGAGAUAAGAUCCGCUUUUUCUUUGAGAAAGGAGUUUUUGAUGACAAAGGGGAAUUCAUCGUACCAAAACAGCGGUCCCUAAAUAAAGUCGGACAUGCACUACAUGCCUAUGAGCCACUGUACAAAAAGGUUACACAUUCACCCAAAGUUCAGGGCAUAGCGAAGAAGCUGGGUCUUGUAAGUCCUGUGAUACUGCAAAGCAUGUACAUUUUUAAGCAACCUGGGAUUGGUGGGGAAGUGACUCCACAUCAAGAUGCCACAUUUCUGUACACGGUGCCCCUGGGCAGAGUUAUGGGGCUGUGGAUUGCCCUGGAAGAUGCCACCAUUAACAAUGGCUGCCUGUGGUUUAUCCCGGGGUCACACAACAGUGGUAUUUCCCGGCGUAUGGUGCGUACUCCAAAGGGCACCUUUCCCCUGACAGACUUCACUGGUCGAGAGCAGACCUAUGAUGACGAGAAGUUUGUUGCUGCACCUGUUAAAAAAGGUGGUGUAGUCCUGAUCCAUGGGGAGGUGGUGCAUCGCAGUGCUGAAAACACCUCAGAAGACUCUCGCCAUGUCUACACCUUCCACAUGAUGGAAUCCAAGGACACCUGCUGGAGCCCUGACAACUGGUUGCAACCCACUGAAGAGCUCCCUUUCCCGUCUCUCUACACUAAAUGAAGGAUGUUUUGGACAUUUGGUGGAGCAGUUCAUUGAAAUACUACAAGUUUCCCUCUCUCCUGAAGAAGGACCAACAUUAUGAACAGCUUUAACCAUAUGAAAUGUGCUAUUUCACAUGGCUUGUUUUGUAUCCUACAUGACACCAUCUGUUCCUCUGAGCUACACGUAGGCUGGUAUAUAGCCUGAUCCAGAAUUACUUCAAAAGCAGAGUCAGUACUGGAUUAAUGGUGAUUAACUCAGAACAGAUGAAUGUAUCAAUGUUUUUAAAUGGGAGUCUUUAAUACAUAAAAAAUAAAAUUUUAAAAAACA